AUGGCUUCGACCAUCAUCCAGCCUCCGCGCGGCCCCAACUCUCUCACUUUCCAAUUCGCCACCCCACAACACUCCACCACUAAACCGACCGAGCCCACACCCGAGCUGGCCUCCGCCAUCAACAUGCACUCCAAGCUCCUCGCCGUGCUCAGCCUGUGCGUCGCCGCCUCCGUGCUGCAGGCGACCGACGCUGGUGCCGCCGCUCCUGCAGGCCUCUCGCCGCACCGCCACCUCGGCGCCAAGCAGGAAGACUACGGACACCACCCGCGCCACCACGAUCACGACAAGUACUACCGUCGCCGUCUCGAAGACGCCAAGAAGGCCACCGAGUCCUCGGACUACGACUACGGCAAGGACAACUACGGCAAGGACCGCAAGGACGACUAA